CGAGGGCGCGAGGCGAUGAUUGGUGGGCGGGGCCCGGUGGGCGGGGAGAUCGGUGACGUCGGCCAAUGGGAGCCGUCCCCGUGCCUCGGGCCGAGCGUGCGCAGCGCGGGACGUGGAGGGAACGAGCGGGGCUGCGGGAAGAGGGUCUCUGGAGCUGCAGCCCCACCACGGCCACGUCCUGCUGCUCGGCACGCUCAGACCAUCGCCAUGGCCAACCCCGCCGUGCUGCCGCUGCUGCUGCUGCUGUCCCUGCGCUGGGUGCCGGCGGGCGGCGACGCGCCGCUCCCCCCGCUGUCGGCCGCGUCGUUCCUGCAGGACCUCCUGCAGCGCUACGGGGAGGGCGAAGCGCUGAGCCUGGACCAGCUGAAGGCGCUGCUGAACCGCCUGGAUGUGGGAGUGGGGCGCGGCAACGGCUCCCAGCCCCGCGCCAACCUGUCCCGGUGCUUCAGCUCGGCCGAGCUGUUCGCCGCGCACAACCUGAGCGAGGGCUCCGUGCUGGGCGCUGCGGAGCUGCGCGCGUUCUGCCCCGCCGUCCUGCAGCAGCUCGAGUCGGCGGCGUGCGCUGCUGAGAACCUGGAGAACGAGGAGAACGAGCAGACGGAGGAGAGCAGACCCAGCUCUGCUGAAGUCUGGGGUUACGGGUUCCUCUGCGUCACCGUCAUCUCCCUGUGCUCGCUGGUGGGAGCCAGCGUGGUGCCCUUCAUGAAGAAGACCUUUUACAAGCGGCUGCUCCUCUACUUCAUAGCUCUGGCGAUUGGAACUCUCUACUCCAACGCCCUCUUCCAGCUCAUUCCCGAGGCAUUUGGCUUCAACCCUCAAGAAGAUUAUUACGUUUCCAAAUCCGCCGUGGUGUUCGGGGGCUUCUACCUGUUUUUCUUCACGGAGAAGAUCCUGAAGAUGCUGCUGAAGCAGAAGGACCCGCACCACCAUGGGCACAGCCACUACAGCACCGAGGCGCUGCCCUCCAGGAAGGACCGGGAGGAAGGCGUCACUGAGAAGCUGCAGAACGGGGACCUGGACCACAUGAUCCCACACGUCACCAAUGAGAUGGAGUGCAAGAGCCCUCCUGGAGACGAGAAGGUCGUGGUGGGAUCGCUGAGCGUCCAGGACCUUCAGGCUUCACAGAGCGCGUGCUACUGGCUGAAGGAGGUGCGCUACUCCGACAUCGGCACGCUGGCGUGGAUGAUCACCCUGAGCGAUGGGCUGCACAACUUCAUUGAUGGCCUGGCCAUCGGGGCCUCCUUCACCGUGUCUGUCUUCCAAGGCAUCAGCACCUCCGUGGCCAUCCUCUGCGAGGAGUUCCCGCAUGAGUUGGGGGACUUUGUCAUCCUGCUGAACGCCGGGAUGACCAUCCGCCAGGCGCUCUUCUUCAACUUCAUCUCGGCGUGCUGCUGCUACGUGGGGUUGGCCUUCGGGAUCGUGGCCGGCAGCCACUUCUCUGCCAACUGGAUCUUCGCUCUGGCUGGAGGGAUGUUCCUGUACAUCGCGCUGGCUGACAUGUUCCCCGAGAUGAACGAGGUGAGCCGGGAGGACGAGCAGAACGGCAGCGCGCUCAUCACCUUCGCCAUCCAGAAUGCGGGGCUGCUGACGGGCUUCACCAUCAUGGUGCUGCUCACCAUGUACUCGGGGCAGAUCCAGAUCGGGUAGGCCCAGCCCGUGGCGGAGCCCUGCGCCAGUUUUCCCUUUAGUUUUGGGGGGAGGGGGUGGGGGAUUUUUUUUUUUUUCCUUUUCCUGCUGCAAGCAUCCGACGGUACCCGUCAGGCACUGACAUCAUGGAACACUACAGAAGAGGCAUUGCUUUCAAAGCUAUUCCAGAGACCCCACGUUAUUGCGAGGCUGAGGGGGAUGCCCCCUGUGCCAUAGGACCGAACUGACCCCAGGAUCUCCUCUCAGCAUCACGUCCCUUCUCGCAUCUUUGGGGAAGGACAGAGUUGGGAUGCAGAGCUGCGCUGCUCCCCCGCUGUUCUCGGAGCUGCGUGAUGGGAUGCCGUGCUCUCCUGACCCUCUGUGGGCACCGCAGGGUGCGGGGCUGGCGCUGGACGCGAGCUGCCUGCUCCUGCUCAGCCGUAACACAUGGAUGCUCAGAGAAGGGGAACGGCUUGCACGAGGAGCGGGCACUUCUCAGGACUUCUCAGAGAUCCUCGGAGCGACCCCAGGACAAGGGGAGCGAUGCAGAGCAGCAGGAGCUGACGGAGGCUUCGUGGGCACGGCUUGCAACUUGAGCCUCUUCCUUGCUGUCCUCAGAAACCAACCCUGGAGCUGCUCCCGUUCUGCCUGGGGUGAGGAGGAGCAGGAAGGGGUUGUUUUAUUUAAGCACACUGUGGGUGUCAGCGCUCGGAGCACAGGAGACCAAACCGCACGGCACGCGCAGCCCGAGCCGCGCUGGGAUGCAAGCUCCCUGCUGCUGUGAGCAAAACAAAGCCUCUGCUCUGGAAGCAAGAAGGGCAGAGAGCAGGGCAGGGCAGCGAGCCCCAGCCCAGCUGCAGGCGGCCACAGCCCUCACUGCGAGCACGCAGACACCUGGGAACAGACGCCUGUUUUUAAACACUGCUGCUGAGGUGCAGAGGUUCUGGGUGGGGAGGUGGGGAGGGAGGGGUGCCUUGGUGGUUUUUUUUUGUUUUUUUUUUUCUAAAAAAAGAAACAGAAAAAGGAAAGAGACUGUGAACCUCUUCAGGUUGUGCACUGCCAGCCUUUGGGAGGAGCCAGAAUGGCGUUGGAGGCACAGCACAGCCCUGCCUCCGCGCCGGCGUUCCCCAGAUUCACUAGGUGAAUUGACCUAUUAUCAUAUUGAUAACCUUGCCCACCCCAGCUGUGUUGCUUGAGGUUCCUCGCACCCCUUCCUCCCCCAGACCUCACCCCCACCCAGCAGCGGGGCUUCGUGGCAGGGGGGCUGACAGGAGCCCGCUGGGGCAGCUCACCCUGUGGGAGGGAAAGGCGGCGCCGGUGGCUUUGAGAGGUGCUUUGUGCACACAUGGGGGUGCUGAGCAUCUCCCACCGCUCCCUGCCCGUGUGACGGAGUGAUGGACAUUCAGCCACCGUGGGUUGGAGCUGAGGCUCUCCAAAAUCUUCCACCCAUGCUGGAAGGAACGGGGUCACCGCAGUUCUGCUUUACCUCCCAGUUGCCCUCGGCAGUGGGCACAGCACCCUCCUCCAGCACUGCUGCCCACCGGAGCGCUGCCUGUUGCUGUGCUUCCCAGUUGCUUCGGGGAAAAGCUGCGUGACGUGGCUUUGGAUGAGCCACUGAUUCGUCCCGUGGGCAGCCAGCAGGCUUUGUCCUGCGUCCAGAAGGUUAAACAGCAGCAGAGCAGGAGCUGGGAGCCUUGGCAGCACCCCUGGCCCACGUGGCAUCUUUGCAGGAUGAGUUCUGGGUGGAAAGUCAGAAGCUCCAACGAUGCAGCUGGGAGGGGAAGCUCUGUCCUCCCCACAGCCCCACCAACACAGUGUGGAAAAACUGACUCCUCUGAGGGAUGGUGUCUGCCUGCCCUCUCAAGGAAGUGUUUGGAAAGCACUGUGCUGCUGCUGGUGGGGCAGAGGGCAGUGCCAGCUGUGCCAGGGCUGAGCAGGACCAAGGAAAAGCCUUCGUGCUGGAGGCGAGCAGGGAAAACCUUUGGGCUGUGCCCUGAGGACCACAGAGGUCCCGCAGAGCUGAGAACCAACUCUUCAAUGGGGACUGUGAGCCCGGGUCCUCAUUUCAUGCUGAAUCCCAUGUUUUGCCCAUUGAGCUGACCGUGAGAUGUCUGCACAUCUCUGCUCCUUGCAGAGGGCAGCCCACCGUCCUGGAAGGGAUUCUCCUGGUUUCUGGGUGUUCUGGGGGGGAGGAGACCCCCCACAAACCGGUGGGAGGAGCUCCAGCCUUUGGGGCAGGGACGGAACAAGGAGGGAAGGCGACCAGCGUUGACUUUGGAUUUGUCCUGCUGUUCUGCUCCCAGUUAGCAGCUCGAGCCCCAUCUCGGUAUUUUGUAACUCAGGUGUUGUUGAAAACCAAGCGUAACUCGAUGUGUGCAGCUGCAGAGUGCUUUGUGCGGCUCCAUCCAUAACAGAUGUUCCAUAACGGCGGCGCGGAGCUCCAACAGCUCCCAUUUGUCCCGUGGCACAGAGCUGAGGCCGGGGCUGCGUCCCUCCCUGCCCCACGUUGCCGGGGUCGCCUUAAAGUCCAACAAACUCCUUUUUUUUUUGCUGUGUCCUUUUGCCGUUUCCUUCGGCACCUCGCGAUGCUCGGCGCUGCGCUGCGUUCCUCUCCGCAGGCUCACACCGCAGCCGCGUCCUCAGCUCCCCUGCGUGGAGAGGAGAAAGGAAAAAAGAAAAAACGAACCACCCAUAUUUUGCCUUUUCAGGCCGCUUUCACAGCGGGGGCCUCGUUUCCAGGAGCCCCGUUUCAGCACAAAAUAAAACAAACAGGAGAAGAACGGCUGCAGCGAGGAUGCGGUUCUGCUCCCUGACCUGAGCGCUGCGUGUCUGUGUGUGUGUGUGUGUGUGUCUGUCUGCGUGUCUGUGUGUCUGCGUGUGUGUGUCUGUGUGUCUGU